AUGAGGACGCGCUCUUUAUACACGUCGCAAUACAGGGCCAUCAUCUUCAAGCAAUAUGUGGACAUGAUCCAGGGGGGCUGGCUGAUACUUUUCCUACGCUUUGCUUUGCCUCUGAUCCUUGUGCUUGUACUCUACUUAAAUCCUCUGGUUGCCUACUAUCAAUCAUCUGAUAAUCUCAAACCUACUAUCUGGCCAGACGAGGACAUGAGGGUGCCCAAGUGCUUUGUCCUUGACGAUGCCAACGGCCGCUAUGGCUUCGGGACGUUAAUUCCUGAUCAGACACGCAAUUGCAAGACUCUAGGCUUCUACCCAGAUAAUCCAUACGUGAGAAAAGUGAUGAAGAAAGUGGCCGAGCAGUCGGGGCUGGAUUUUGACACUGACCUCCAGGGCUUCAGCACCAGGGUCGAAGCAGAGAACACCCUGCGGCAAGAUCCUAAACACUUUACUUUUAUGAUUGGCUUCGAUGCUCCGUUUGAGAAGCAGGGCAGUGGCACCUCUGGUGGACAAACAGUUCCCUCAUCCGACAAGGAAAUCCUCAGUGACCUGUCUAUCCUGAUCAACUAUAACCAGACUCUGCUUGCAUUUCCAAAUUUCUAUGCCUUCUACCUGCGGGACCAGGUUUCCAUGUCUGCAUCACGUGGCAUGGCAGCAACGGUGCCUCUUCGAGUUCAGAUGGCGCUGGGCCGAGCUAUCCUUCUUGUCUCAGAAGGAAUAGGCGUGGACUUCAAUCCGCGAUUGACUCAGCUGCCGUUUUUCGGUCGUGACGAUGAUCCUCGUCUUCCAGAUGAGUUUAUGAGCAAGUUCUUCGUAAUUACCGUCUUUCUAAUGCAGUUUCUUCUCUCCCUGAGCAAUUCUAUUGCAGAGAAGGAUUCAGGCAGGUUCGAGUCUCUCCGUCUCAUGGGCGUUAACGAUUGCAUAUACAUUCUCGCCCAAUUCUCAUUCCAGUUGCUCAUUUUCAUGAUAACCUGGCUUCCUUAUUUCAUCAUUGCAUAUAUGAUGCCUGGAGGAACAGACGUAUAUCCUUGGAUUGACCCUGUAUCAUUUCUAGUUUUCAAUAUUAUGGCUGCGGCGACGAUAACUAUGUUUGGGCUCUUCUUCAGUUCUUUUCUUGGUACUAUUAAGCUAGGGAUGUCCAUUGGUUUUGUAAUGGUCGCCGGGUCGUUUGUUGAGACAAUGGUCUUCACUAUGACAACCCCUGAGAGAAUCUAUGAUCCCACAUUCAUAAACCAGUUUGGGGCAUUUCUUCUUCAACUUCUGUUUCCCUUUACCCCCAUUAUUCAGACAACUCUACAGAUGGUUGAGACCGCUAUGCCCACCUCCGAUGCCAAUCCGAGAACCUUUGAGAUGCAGCUGGUUUCUCCGAAGAACCCGUGGACGUUUUCAACCUGGUUCACUCGCGGUGAGUCGUCCCCAUGCCUCAAUCAGCCAGUCGAUAAACAAUCAAUUUGCACAUACAGGGCUCCUCCACCGGUAGUUUAUCUUGUGUUUAUGCUGCUGGACACUAUCCUGUACUUCCUGAUCACGUGGUUUGUCUCUGAGGCCGUUCCGAGUCACUCAAGCCUCUGCAGAAAACCAUGGCAGCUCUUUACAAAGGACUAUUGGAGUACAUCUGGUGAAGGGUACUCUCUCAGCAGCAUACUGGAUGAUCGUGAAAGCCGCUAUCGUCGACGUUUAGCCAAGCGUGACGCAUAUAAGAAGGCUGGUAUAACCAACGCACACACAGUGGAUUAUAGCCUGGAUGACGAGUAUCUUCCACUCGUGGACGCUACUGGAGACGUGCUGGAACGUGCUCCGCAUACCUUCCGUGCAACGGCACAGCAGCCUGACGGGACUGAGAGCCUCUGCUGCGUUUGCUUCAGGAAAGCUAGACGACAGAAGGGCGAAUCUGACUUCCUCACAGGUCGACAGCCUGUUCCAGGCUCUGUGUUUGAGGCCGUUCUGCGCUCACUACUUCCCUUGGACUCCAAGGUCUCGUCUGUGCUUCGCCAUACUAUGACAGCUAGCAAUCUUAAGAACACAGUUUUAGUUACACACCACCUGCAGAAAACGUUUGUCCGCAAAGCCUGCAGUGGGUCGAAGGAAGACAAGAAUAAGGUUGGCAAGUAUCACUAUGCAGUCCGGGGGCUUACAAUUCGCAUCUGCCACGGACAGAUCUUUGGCCUUCUUGGCCAAAACGGGGCUGGGAAAUCGACGUCAAUCAAUUGCAUCAUUGGGUCUUUGCAUCCCGACAAACCGCCCAAGAACCUCUUAGAAUCCCCUCUCUCGGCUCGCAAUCCCUGCAUAGGUAACGGCUGGAUCGACGACUACUCUAUUCUUUAUCAGAUGAAUCACAUACGUCGCAAAAUAGGGGUCUGCCCCCAGCACAACACAACACUUUGGCCCGGGCUCACUCCGGUUCAGCAUCUUAAGCUCGUAUGCUUACUUCACAACAUCCCUGAGUUUGAAAUACCUAUGUUAGUUGAGAAACACCUGCGACAAGUGGCUCUUUACGAAUAUCGUGACAAGCCGUGUAAGAAAUUCUCUGGCGGCAUGCAGCGGCGCCUCUGCAUUGCCAUCGCCACGUGUGGAUACCACAAGCUGCUCCUUUUUGAUGAAGCCACAACAGGGACUGACCCCGAAACUAAGAGAAUCGUCUGGAGCGCGAUCCAGAAGACAAGCCGCAAUCACAUGAAUGUUCCCGUUGUUACUGGGAGCGCCAAGGGGAAGGAUCUUCACGUUAAGCGAAUUCAUCGGCCACCCCCGGGCAUCCUGCUGACUUCUCAUGAUAUGACAGAGGUUGACUACCUAUCUGACGAGAUUGCAAUCAUGUCUAGUGGAAAGGUCAUCGCCUCUGGCACUUCUCUAGAGCUCAAGAGGCUCUACGGAAGUGGUUAUCAGUUCACCAUCAUAGCCUCUUCAACAAAGGCAGCGAAUGUUAUGUCCGAACUAGUUAAAUACUGGCUGCAGCAAUCGUAUCCAGAAAUCGAGUAUGUUACCAAGACGACGGACACAGCUGACUUUUUACGUGAAAAAUCACAGCCACGCAUUGGUCUGAUAAAUCAAACAGGCCAAUCGUUGGUAUAUUCUGUCAAUUUAAUGGCUGAGUAUGCGCUGCCUGGGUUUAUCCUGUUUGUGGAGACACAUAAGACGGGAAGGCAUACACUUGAUGAAAACUCCCAGGAGAUUGUUCGUGACAUACCUUCGGUUGGCUCUUUGAGCCUUGGGGAUAAUAGACUCGGGUCAUUAGGGCCCCUCGUGGCAGAUUAUCAGCUAGAGGGCACGACUCUAGAGGAAGUCUUCAUUAAGCUAGGAAAAAUCUACCAAGCAGGCGUCUUUUCUCAAAUGGAUAAGUAUACCAGCCAGCAGGAUGCUCUUCAGGGUGUCAACAUAAAGGAACUUGCAAACCUUUCCUCUACUCUGGACCACACUUCUCCCUCGAACAUCGAUAACAAGCUGCCAAAUCAGGGAUCAAGCGCCCUCGGGGAGGACCAACAGUUGCCACAGCAUGCUACUGAUGUGAGUGUUGACAGCGAUAUGAGUGACCCUGCGCUUCUGAAGUACACUGACGCCGAAGCGCAUGAUACAUUGAUAAAUGGAGAGGAGAUUCGCAUCGAGAAGUUUACCCCGGAAAUGAUUAACGAAAUUUUAAACCCGCGGAGAGUCCGGCCGCGUGUUUUCACUGCGCUCCUGACGAAGAUGUAUCGGUACGAUGCCUCCACGAAGAUGGGGAUAUUCUCCGUGUUUUUCCUCCCGGUUCUUCUUAUUAUCUUGGGGUGGAUCCUCUCUGACGUAUUUGUUCCCUGGCUAAUGGGGCUUCUGAACUCCCUCGCACAGAGAGUAGCGAGUCGAUCUGAUUCCAUAUGCACUGUUUGCCGCAUGCUCAAGAGCUUUGGGGGUUUCGGGUACAUAGAGGACUGCGAUGGCUAUGAUACCUUUGGGGAGCCAAUGGCCUGUCCUGCUAGCGAGAGGUUCAUAGGCAAGGUCAACUCCCAGCCGAUCAUUUGGCUUGGAGGAGGUACCAUCUCUGAGUCAGAGGUUCCUGACCUCUUGCCUAAUGGAACUGACUUAGGGACCAAGAGCAUUCGUUAUAGUAACAUGAUGCAAAGGCGCGGUGGUACAGGAAGGAUAUAUGUCUUCGAUAAGACAGGGCGCUUUGGGUCCGGAAUUGAUGAGACCAUUGUCCUCCAAGACGCCUUGCGCGGCCAUCGAAUGGUGUAUUCUUACAAUCUAACUGUCAAUAAUACCACCAUUCCGUUUUCUUCUGUGGACUACAAGGUCUUCACAGUAAUGGGCCUUCCCGUAAGUUCGUCGAUCAAGAACCAGGUAAGCGUGGCCAUGUCGUCCUUCAUGAGCACCAAGUUCGACAGCCUCUUCACCGAUCUUUCUACAAGUGGAGGGACAAACUACCUUGACUACUUCUCUGUGAAGCCCCUUGCCGUACCUAUGUACACAUCAACUACUACUAUCUCGGACGACUUUCAGCUAAAGCCCGACUUUUACUUUGUCAAUGGAUACUCUAAGUAUGACACAAUUGAUACCCUACUGGACGAACUCUUAUACAUUCAGCGCAGCGGGGGGAUACCUAGGCCAGAGGGAACCGUGUACUAUGAUCGUUGCUACAGCGAGCCUGUCGAGUGUGGCAACCUUACCAAGAGAGUGUACGUCGAUCCUACCGAUUUGGCUACUAUACAACAGUGUUAUAAUUACGUACUUAGCAAGGUGCCCUUGGCUGUUCUGGAGUUUGAUACAGCGGAAUCGUACUCAGAAACAGGAGGGAUCAAAGUACUCAGACCCGUUAUUCACUCAUACUUACCUGCUAAGUUAGGAAACUAUCCUUAUAAACGCUUGACUCUGCGGUUAAGGUUUAAUACGACGUCGAUCGUGCAGCGGGCAAAAGAGUUUGGGAUUAACGAUAUAAUGAGUAUGCCCGGAACAUCAGUCAAUUCAUCCAUCACUCUCCCGCCUGCAAAAGCGCCAUCUAUUAUUGAGGAGACAUCGCUUUUGGAUACGCGGGCCAUAACCAUCCACAAUGAAGUGCACGCCAGAUUAGUCGAGGCCAUUGCACGCGCAAGUUAUGGUAUAAGCCCUGCUGCCUCGUACACAAGCCCUGCCACGUCUAUCAAUAUUCGCUUUGGAUUACAGCCCUGGGACUGGGUCUGGACCUUCCCCAUAACCUCUGGCGAGGACAAGAUGAAGGUGAUGCUUGCACUUAUUAUGCUAGCCCUUGCAUGCAUGAGCAUGGUCCCAAUGCACAUGUUCCCCGUCGUUCUGGACCGUCAACAGGGUCUUCGACAGAUGUUCAAGCUAAACGGCGUGCCUACCUGGCUAUACUGGUGCGCUAACUUCAUAUACCAACUCUGCUUUGCGGUGCUGGUAUAUAGCGUUAUGGUGGUGCUAGGCUACUUUGUUUUCAAGCUCAGCCUGCUUAGGAAAAUGGACUUCGGCAUGAUUCUGCUGGUCUUCACGGCAGGAGCAUACGGACAACUCACAACGGCGUUCCUCUUCUCCUUGUUCUUCCCCAAUACUCAGCUCUCAACACUCGUCGGAAAUAUCUUGAUUAUCGUACUCGCCAUUGUUUUAAUGAUAGAAGGAGAGGUGCAGACAGAAAACCUUCUCUGGUGGUACUUUUUCACCCCCAUGAUGAGCUUCGCAGCAAUCUUGGGUUUUGUGGGCUGGAGCGCACAGGACUUCAAGAGCUUCAUGAACUCCCCCAUGCGAUGGCUUAUCCUUGGCAUGUGGGUUGAGGGCACAAUCUUUUUCCUCCUGACAAUAUAUUUCGAUUACAUCAUUCCCAGAGAAUCUAACGGCGUGCCUCUUCCUUGGAACUUCAUAUUUACCUGUUGUUGUAAGAGGAGCAAGUCUUCCAAUGGUGCUUCUACAUUUAACCUUAACAAUGCUGACUUAGUGUCGAUCGCACGCGAUUCGCAGCUUACAAAUGGCAGCGCGAGCACACGGCUUGUGCUGACUAAAGCAGUUCCUGAAAGCACCGACCAACUCUUAGCCACGGCUACGAUGCUCACCGAUGUUUCCACAAUCACUGGCAUAUCAGCCUUGGAAGCAGACUCUGUUGAAGGGUGCCGGUGCCAAACGAGCCCCGGUUCCCUGGUUGGAUGUGGGAUCGAAGAAGAAACAGAUGGAACUUACCUUGACUCCUCCACUUACGUUCGUCCUCCAAUCAAUGUUCAGCUGAAUGCUAUGCCAACACAUCGGAAGAAGGCUUUGCCCCCUCCGCGCACCGGUCGCGACUACGCAGUCCGGACGGGCCAGGCCGAAAUGGACAUUGACGUGCUGGCAGAGCGACAGUACAUGUAUAAUGGAAUUAGGAGCACUACUCCUGUGAUUGUAUGCAACCUGCAGAAAUUUUAUCCACCUGCAUUUGUGGCAGUCCGAGACGUGAGUUUCCACCUUCCGCGCAGCACAUGCUUUGCGUUUCUGGGAAGUAACGGGGCUGGCAAGUCCACGACCAUAUCCAUGAUGACGGGGCUCAUCAAGCCCACAAAAGGAACGGUAAUCAUAAACGGGUGGGAUGUGCGCCGAGACCCCAGCGAGAUAUACAAAUCCAUCGGGCUCUGUCCUCAGCAUGACGCAUACAUUCCCAUUCUGAGCGUCCGGGAUCACCUGACGCUCUUUGCGCGUCUACACGGCGUUUCGAAGGCGGACGAGAAGAAUGUCGUUGAGAAGCUUGCAUCCUUCGUCUAUCUCUACGAUGUCUUGGACCGGCAGGCGCGUCAGCUCAGCGGGGGGAUGCGCAGGCGGCUGAGCCUUGCAUUGGCGCUGAUCGGGUAG